CAAGGCGGAACCGGAAGCGCAAGGACGCGGUGCCCAACAUGGCGGCCGCUUGGCCCGCGGCUCGGGCUUCCCUAGCGGCCGUCUCUCCAGGCUUUCUCCGCAUUCUGUGGCUCGUGAUGGUCGCCGCGGGACACUGGGGGGCCGCAGCCUCUGGCGCCGUCGGGAGCGAGGAGACGCCCAAGUGCGAGGACCUCAGAGUGGGACAAUAUAUUUGUAAAGAUCCAAAAAUAAACGAUGCUACGCAAGAACCAGUUAACUGCACAAACUACACAGCUCAGGUUCCAUGUUUUCCAGCACCCAAAAUAACUUGUAAGGAUUUUAGCGGUAAUGAAACACAUUUUACUGGAAGUGAAGUCGGUUUUCUCAAGCCAAUAUCCUGCCGAAAUGUAAAUGGCUAUUCGUACAAAGUGGCGGUUGCGUUGUCUCUUUUUCUGGGAUGGCUGGGAGCAGAUCGAUUUUACCUCGGAUACCCUGCCUUAGGCUUGCUAAAGUUUUGCACUGUAGGAUUUUGUGGAAUUGGGAGCCUAAUUGAUUUCAUUCUUAUUUCAAUGCAGAUUGUCGGACCUUCAGAUGGAAGUAGUUACAUUAUAGACUAUUAUGGAGCCCGACUUACAAGACUCAGCAUUACUAAUGAAACAUUCAGAAAAACACAAUUCUACCCAUAAGUGUUGAAGAAGGAGGA